UGCCCGUGCCGGGGCUGCCGGGAGCGGGGCAGCGUGGGGCUGGGGCCGGGUCGGUCCCGGUCCCGGGUCUCCCGUCACCUGCUCCGAUCCGCGCCGCCUCCUGCCGCGCAGGCGGCCCCGCAGACCCGUGCGGCAGCGGAGCGGAGCCCCCGGCCGGGACGAGGCCUGUGGGGCGGACGAAGCGGCGGCUGCGCUGGAGCCCCUGGCAGCCGCGGGCCUUCCCCUCGCAGCCCGGCGCAGCCGGAGGAGCAGGACCCGGCCGUGUCCGGCGGGAGCGGAGGAGCGGGACGAGUCCCUGGUGCGGCCCCGGCCGGGACCGGGGGCGGCCCCCAGACAGUCGCCCGCCCGCCCGCCCGCCCGCAGCAAGUGGAGCAGCAGCUGCAGGAGGAGCUGGUCCAGCACAGCGGGGCCCGGGGGCAGGAGGUGAAGCAGCCCCCGCGGGGCCCUCGCGCACCGCACCGCUCCGCUGGCACCAGGGAACGAGCUCCCCGGGCCAGGGACCCGGGGCCAGUGCUACUAGGAGGCCGAGGACCCAGGGGAGGUCUGCACCUGCCUGCAAGAGCUCUGCUAGAACUGCAGCAGGAGCACUUGGUGCUGGAGCAGGUCCUGGCCGUGCUGCCCCAGGAGACGAGGAACGCGGGCACCACAUGGAGAUGUGUCCCAAGGCAGUGACCCUGGUCGAGGGGUUUUGGCUGGGGCAGGCAGAUGUGGAGAAACUCAACGUGCGAGUGUUUCACCCUCAUCAUGGAUGCUGCUGACCCCAUCUCCAUGUGCUUGGGGGAUGUUUCCUGCUGCCCAGCCUCUCUCAGUCCCAGCCCCCUAUGACAUGUUCCUCUUGUUCCCAGGUCCCCGUGAGGGUGAAGGUCAAGGAGGGGACCUCAGACACGAUGCAGCUCAAUGGGGCAUUGCAGGAGCCUAGUGAUUCCUGGCCAGAGCAGCCACAGGCCAAAUCUGCAGACAUGUUUCUGGAGCUGUUGAGAACUUUCCCAGGAAGGCCGGGGGAGAGGGGUGCCCUGAGCCCUGAGCGGGGCCAGCUGCAGAAGGGGCAGGGCAGGCCGGCAAGGCAGGGAGAGAGCACGGAGCUCCGAGAGGCCUUUGAGGAUGUGGCCGUGUACUUCACACGGGAGGAGUGGGAGCUGCUGGAGGAUGCACAGAAGGGGCUGUACCGGGACCAGAUGCUGAGGAACUGCCAAGCCCUUGUUUCCCUAGGAUACCAAGGUCCCACACCUGACUUAAUUCUCUGCAUCCAGCAAGGACAGAAGGAGCUCUGGGUCAGUGAUGAGGAAGGCCAUCAGGACAUUUCAAGGUCAGAGGACCUGUUGCCAGGAGGUGCCUGGCUGCUGAGCAGAGCUGAGGAGCAGAGUCCUGAAGAAGGGCUGGCAAGCCUGGAGCAACCCUGGCAUUUGGGCAAGAUGGAGUCCCUGAGACCUGAGGAAGACCAGUGGCCCCAGAGCCAGUGGAGGCCCCAACAGCAGAGGGAGAAUACAGCAGUGAAGCAGGCGCCAUCUCCCCUGGAGCAUGAGAGUGGAGAAAGGACAGAAGCCAGAGACAGCCCUGGGUUCAGGGAAGGAUGUGUGGAGCUGAAGAGCCACAAGGAAAAGUUCCACCGUACAGAGACCCUAAAUCUGAGCCGACCCAGUGGGGCAGGCCUCGAAGGGAAGUGGAAGCUCCCUGCCAAGCCCAGGGGCAAAGCUCACCCCUGCCCUCAGUGCCAGAAAAGCUUUAGCUGCCCUUUACUCCUGGCUCUGCACAGGAGAAGCCAUGCUGGGGAGAAGCCCCACCUAUGUGCCAAGUGUGAGAGGGGCUUCACCUCCCUCUCAACCCUGGCUCGGCACCGGUGCUUGCGCCCUGGGGAGAAGCCAUAUCGGUGUCCAGAGUGUGGGAAGAGCUUCACCCGGUCCUGCCGGCUGGCCAUACACCAGCGUAUCCACACUGGGGAGAAGCCACAUCAGUGCUCUGACUGUGGGAAGAAAUUCACCCAUGCUUGCAGCCUGGCUGAACACCAGCGCAUCCACACAGGGGAGAGGCCGUAUCAGUGCUCUGAGUGUGGGAAGAGCUUCACCCAGUCCUACCACCUGGCCCUGCACCACCGUAUCCACACAGGGGAGAGGCCAUAUCAGUGCUCUGAGUGUGGGAAGAGCUUCACCCACUCCUCUAGCUUGGCCCGGCACCAGAGCAUCCACACAGGGGAGAAGCCACAUCAGUGCUCUGAGUGUGGGAAGAGGUUUGCCCGCUCUUCCAGCCUGGUCGAACACCAGCGCAUUCACACAGGGGAGAAGCCGUAUCGGUGCUCUGUGUGUGGAAAGAAAUUCACCCACUCCUCCAACCUGGCCCAGCACCAGUACGUCCACACAAGGAAGAGGCGACAUGAGGCCUUUGAGUGUGGAAGAACUUUACCCACUCCUUCAGCUUGGCCCAGGGCGGGAGUGGCCACACAGGAGAGAAGCCACAUCGGUGCUCUGACUGUGGGAAGGGGUUCACUAGUUCCUACCACCUCACCACAUAUCAGCAUAUCCACACAGGGAAGAAGUCCCAUUAAUGUGGGAAGAGUUUCACCCCAUCUUCCAACUUCACCCAGCACCACCACAUUCACACAGCAGAGAAGCCCCGUUAGUGCUCAUUGUGUAGGAAGAGCUUUACUCAUUCCUUUAUCCUGGCCAGUCACCAGCGUAAGCACACAAAGGAGAAGCCACAUCAGGGCUUUGAGUGUGGGCGGAGCAUCAUCCAAUCUUUCCUCCUUGCCCAGCACCAGCGCAUGCAGCCGGUGGGGAAUCCACACCAGUUCCUUGAGUGUGGGAAGAGAUUCCGUGAAUCCUCCAGUCAAGCCUAACACCAACGCAUCCACAAAGGGGAGGAGCCACGUUAUUGUUCUGUGUAGAAGAGAUUCAGAGAUUCCUCCAGCCUCUGCUAGCACCGGCACAUCCACAUCAGGGAGGAGCCAGAUGGGUGCUCUGCAUGUGAGAAUAGUUUCCACGACUCCUGCACUCCAGUCAAACACUAGCACAUCCGCACCUGGGAUCAUCCAUAAUUCUGUCAGCAGUGCAGGGAGGGCUUAGGGAUGCCUACCUGCUCAGCUCCCACCAGUGGCUGCAUUCAGGCAAGCAGCCUCAUGCUACUGGAGUGCAGAAAGACUUCCUGGAGCCUUUGAGCCAUGUAGGGCACUGCAGAACAAGGACCCAGCAGCUGGUCUUGAAGGUUGCAUUGGGGGAGGGGCUAAAAGGAAACACUUGGGGCCAGUGCCAGGCCAGAUCCUGGGGGAACCAAUGAGAUGAUCUUUUAUCAGCCUUGGAGCCUGUGCCUUCCCUGUUGUAGUCUAGAAACAGCCGGUGCUCCCAGGCGAGAAGAAGCGCCUUCCUAAUAGGAUGUUUUCUCCAAGAGAGCUGCCUCCAAAAGCCCCCAGGGCCUGUCCUUGGUCGCCUCCCUUACCCAGUGGGGUCUGCAAGAAGCUGCUGGUGCCACCCCAUGAGCCCAGCUUGGCAUGUUUUGCUUCUCAUCCUCUCUCCAGAGCUCAGCACCCCGGGUGCCUGCUGGUCUCCUACUUCCUUGCCCUUCAUGGCAGUUUCUGUAAUGCACUCUGUGCUCAGAAAGCACCAGCACUGAACACAGUAUCCCUGUGGCUGGGCUCUGUCCUCUCCGGAGCUGGGAGAUGGGAACCGACCAGGGCCCAGAACUCUUUCCAGGGCAGAUCUCCAUCCUAUCUCAGCCCCAUCACUUUGCCAGGGAUUUGCUGUGGUCCAGGCUUUGUUGCAAACACUCAGACACAGGAGUUGGUCACACUUGAGGUGUUACUCCCCUGUACUGCUGUGCAGCAAGGACCCUGCCUUUUGGAAGGACCCUGUGGUCGGAGGCCAGUGGAGUGGCUUUUCUGGGGGAAAUGUGGGCGGGGGAAGGAGGGGCAGCCUGCGGCAAGUCUUCUCUCUCCUGUGGAAAGGUGUGGGGGUAUGAGGACAUCCUCUGAGUGAAAUGCAGCAUGUUGUCAUUUCUGGGAAGUGUUCCCUGAUUGCUAGUAUCCAAAUACACCAUGUCCCGUGUAGAGGAA